AUGGCGGAGAGAGAAAAGGCAAGCACUACCCCAGCUGGCUCUUCUCCCUUCCUGGGGCUUCACCUGGCAUCACCCCCACAUUUCAGGCUCACACAUGAUAUUACCCUGGAGGAGUUUGAAGAUGAAGAUUUGUCGGAGAUUACGGAGAUCACAGAUGAAUGUGGAAUCAGUUUGCACUGUAAUGAAAGUCGGCACUGCAAGAGCCGCCUGCGUGCUGAUGCUGGUCCUGCCCCAGGAGGGGGGGGAGCUGCCAGUCGGAUCCAGGCAGAGAUGCUUCAGCUGGACCUGAUUGAUGCCGGCCAAAUCUCUGAAGAAGAGAACUUGCCUCCGGUGGAGCCCAGGCCGAUUCUUCCAGCAACUAUGGACACCUACAGACCUAAGAGGCCUACAACUCUCAACCUGUUUCCGCAGGCACCACGCACACAGGACACUUUAAAUAACAACUCCCUGGCAAAAAAAUACACCUGGCAAGACAGAGUGUCCCGAUCCUCCUCCCCACUUAAGACAGGAGAGACAACCCCAUCCAAUGAACAUGUGUGUCUCAGUGAUGAAGGGAACCCGCCAGCUGUGACACAGGACCGUGGCACAUCCACCGAUACACCCUGCAGACGUCACAACACCACCCAGAGUGCCAACGAUACUACUGGACGUUCUUCUACUAGGUCACGCUUGGAUCUUCAUAGAGACCGCAUACGCUACCAGACAGAUGUACGACUGGAGCCUACAGAAGAGAUAUUCCUGACACCCGUUCAGAGGUGCUCAGACCCUCCAGAACCUGAAAGACCAUUUGUAUCACAGGCUGGACCCUGCCGCAUGUCAGUCAGCUCAGACGCAGACAUUAAUGUCCGUCCGAACAAUGGGGGCAGACAUCAGCUGUCAAUCAGUGAGGAGGAAGAAGAAGGAGAAGAUGGGGUGGGGUAUCUUGGAUGUCCGGGAAGGGUUGGUGGUCCUCGUAGACUUCAGAGGUCAUCGGUCAGCUCGGACACCAGUGGCUUAUCUUAUGACUCUGUCAAAUACACAUUAGUGGUUGACGAUAACGUGCAGCUACAGUUGGUCAGUCUGCGACAGUGUUACGCGGGGUACAGCGACGACAGCGACAGCGGCACCGUGUACGACAACUGUGUGUCCUCACCGUAUGAGUCAGCCAUUGGUGAGGAGUAUGAAGAGGAAGAGGAAGAAGAGGUGGGGGCAUCCGGGAGGGAGGGAAGCAGAGUCCGUAGGUCUAUGUGCCUAUCGGACACCUCUUCUCCAGAAGGCGAUGUCUCUUACUCCAAAAAGUUCCUCAACGUCUUCAUGAAUGGACGGUCACGCUGUACGAAUUCCUUUGGCUUGUUUUCGUGCCUGAUAAACGGGGAAGAGCGAGAACAGACCCAUCGAGCCGUGUUCAGAUUCAUGCCUCGUCACCCCGGGGAACUGGAACUGGAGGCAGAGGACCCGCUGCUAGUGGAGGUUAAGGCUGAAGAUUACUGGUAUGAAGCUUAUAACAUGAGAACCGGGGAGCGCGGCAUCUUUCCUGCCUACUAUGCAGUUCAGGUGGCUAAGGAUCCCGAUCUCCUGUCAGAAACCCGGGCUUCAGAUUGGUUGGAUCAGUUUUGGGUGAAGUUUCUUGGGUCAGUGCAAGUUCCGUAUCACAAAGGGACUGAUGUCCUCUGCACUGCCAUGCAAAAGAUUGCUAUGUCUCGUCGCCUUACUGUGCUGUCAAACCCGCCAUCUAGCUGUGUACUGGAGAUCAGCCUGCGGGGGCUAAAGAUCGCAGUACAUGGGGAAGACCCUCAUGACCACAGCCAGGUGAACACGUGCAGCCAUUUCUUCCAGUUAAAGAACAUCUCGUUCUGUGGGUACCACCCCAAGAACAGCAAAUAUUUCGGUUUUAUCUCCAAGCAUCCUUCAGACCAUCGGUUUGCUUGUCAUGUAUUUGUCUCGGAGGAAUCUACCAAACCCCUGGCAGAGUCUGUCGGGAGAGCCUUCCAGCAGUUUUACAAAGAGUAUGUGGAGUACACGUGUCCCACAGAAGAUAUCUAUCUGGAGUAGCUACGGAUUUCUAACACGGAAACAUGUUCUGUGCAUGGACUAAGCACUCGCGGGAGCAGGAAGCCGCCAAAAUGGUGGAAAAAAAUAUAUAAAAGUUGAGCUGGAGGCUUGUGCUCCUCUCUGCGUCUGCGCCCUGUGGGGCUUGUGAACUGGGUGUGUGUAUGCCCGCCAAGGCCAGCAAGAGUUAUGCCACCAUAUAACUUCCCCAAUAACUUUCCCUCUACUUGGCUCCGCCCCCUAACCCCAACCGUGCAUAAUCAAGAAGCUAGGACUGUGCUCUCCCCCCCCCCCUAUACACACUGCAAAUGGAACAGGCCACAAUGUACGAACGUGAGAGCGGGAGCGAACUAAAUGAGGGACAGGGGGGGGGAUGUGGAGUCCUUGCAUGUCGCUGUACUGAGACAAGAACUGAGGUGACAUACGAAAGGCGCUAUCGAUACUUGACGCCUAUAAAAUUUCUAUAAAGACAGUGCAAGCAAAUGGCUGUACGCACGUGACAGAGUUGUGUAUCAGAAGUUUGAAGACACGUGACAUGGGGACACGUAUGUCGAGACACAUGUGACGUGUACGUGUGUAUGGGUUUAGACAGCACGUGUUCAGAAUGUAUAUCUGUAUUGAAAGAGUACUGCGCCUCAUGUACCUGCACUGUCUCCAAGGAAGUGCCCUUAGCAACCAAUCAGGUUCCAGCUUACAUCGUCUAACCUGCACUGUAAAAAAGAAACAUGGAUUCUGAUUGGUUGCUAUGGGCCUCAAGGACACCUGUCUGUGACAACCACAGUCCACAAGGCCCGAUGUACACCGCCCUGGAUUGACCAGGUGCUUUACCGUGGCUGACGUUCCACAGGGCUUGAAAAUGCUACUUGGUGCUUUUUUCUGAAAUAUUUAAGCCCACUUUGCUAUUUGCUUUACUUAAAGUGGACCCGUCUGCUCCUUUGACGUGCCUGGUUUAGUAACUCCUCAUAUUUCCCAGGAAAUAAUCAUCCUAAAGAAUCUUUCUUAGAAAUUAGUUAUUUUGUUCCUCUGUUAUUCCUCCUGGAAACAAACUAAAAAUACUUUAACAAGUGGGUGUUAUUUUCCUUGCCAGUGGGACGUGUUUCUGCACACUGAGAUGGACUGUUCAAGAGGGACACACCCCAAUUUAUUCAUACAUUUCCUGGAGGAAUAACAGAGGCAACACAACCCAAAGUUCUAAAAAGGGAUGUGCCGGAAUUGUAAUUUCACAAGGAAUACAAGUAUUU